AUGAACGCCUCCAAGAUGUCUUACCUCUCACGCCUAAGCCCGAUUCCCGCGUUUCCCGAAUAUACAGGACCUUACAAAGUCGGCACCGUCGAUGUAGAGAUCCCCGUCUCCGAACUAGAAGCGCCCAGCGCUGCCCCUGAAGGCACCGACAAGAUCCAUACCGUCCAGUACCGCAUGUUCUACCCAGCUGUUGCCGAAUCGAACGAGAAGCGCAUUAGCUGGUUGCCGAAUCCUCAGCGACAACACUUGGUAGCCUACACGAAAUUCCUUGGUAUUGGUCCCAUGUUGGCCGAGUUCCUCUCUUUUCUCCCCCGACAUCUUCACUACACCACGAUACCCGCCCAUAAGAAUGCGAAACUCCUCGAAUCCUCUACCGAGAACAAGCGAUGGCCGACAAUGAUCUUCUCUCAUGGAUUGGGAGGAUGCCGAAACUCGUAUUCCUACGUCGCAGGCUCACUCGCUUCUCACGGCAUUGUUGUCAUUUGUCCUGAGCACCGUGACGGCAGUGCUGUCGCAAGCUUCAUCCGCGUGCCAGAGACGCAAAACGGAACCAUCACCUCGAACAGUCGAAUCCAGAUUCCCUACGAAAAGAUUUCGCACGACGUCUCUCCCGAGGUCUAUCAAGCCCGCGAAGCACAACUCCGAAUUCGAUGCUGGGAGCUCGGUCUUAUCCAUCAAGCGAUGCUUGCUGUAGAUCGUGGCAGUCCACUAACGAACUUGAACCGCUCUACACCAAGUCUCGACCAAUUCGUCAACCAAUGCAACAUACACGAGCCCGGCAGUAUCAUAUUUGCUGGUCAUAGUUUUGGAGCAGCAACCACGACUCAGUUACUCAAAAGCACAUACUACGCUGGUGUUCCUGAAGUGGCUGCUAUGGAAAAGCCCAUCUUCGCUCCUGCUGAGGGCAGUGAUAUCCGAAACCAGAUCACUGAAAAGACACUCACCAUGUUGCUUGACAUGUGGUGUAUGCCCUUAAUGGCCCCCAACUCUGUACCUCUGUUCAACUUGCCUCUGCCUGUAUACGCCGACAAGGCUUCUGCCCCUGGCGGCAAGGCGAUCUUGGCCGUCGAAUCCGAACACUUCUUCAAGUGGAGAGAUCACCUUAACCUCAAGGCACGUGUGUUGAGUCCCGAUCCCACCGCAAAGGUCGUCACUCCGCAGUUGUUCGAGCGCCCAAGCGGUAUCAAAAUGGCAGAGCCAAGCUUCUACUACGUCAUUAACUCGGCGCACUUGAACCAAUCCGACUUUGGAAUCCUGUUCCCAUGGUUGACACAGAAGAUUUUCAAAGCAGAGCAGCCUGAACGAGCCCUCCGACUGAACCUUCGCGCCCAGCUGCAGAUGCUCCGUGAAAACAACGUGCCCGUUGGCCGCACGUUCGCCGGUGACCUCGUUGACGGCACAUCAUUCGAUAAGCUCGAAAAGUUCAACGCAGAAAAAGGCGAUUCAUGCAAGGACGGUAUCAACGAUGAUCAAGCCAUUUUCGACAAGAGCGGCAACAACCCUGUCGAAUUCUGGCGUUGGGUCGAUGUCAUUGGUCUCGGUGACACUGGUGAUAGAAAGACAACUCAGAAGAAGGUCGAGGAUGGCCAGGAGGAGAUGAAGGGUGAACUUGACCCAAGCGAGGAGGUCUCCGGGGCACCUCCUACCAUCACGGGAGCUGUGAGCGCGACUGCUGCUUAG